AUGUUCUUGAUGAACGAUGACAUCAUGAUGUCUAGUGUCAAGAUCUACGACAUGAACCGCUCUGCACUGAACACAGAGUCCUUGAUCACAGGUUGCGGAUACAAUAAGCUUAUUGUAUCAAAGAACAUAUCUGGUAUCAGGGGUAGUUUGACCUCUCCUGGUUACCCUGGUAACUAUCCAAACAACGUCAGCUACACAUGGACUCUGGAUACUGGACAUGAGAAAGCAACUGUCGACUUUACCUUUGAUGUAUUUGAUAUUGAUAAGUAUCACAGUUACCUUUCCCGCUGCGCUGAUUUCUUGGAGGUUUUAAAUAAACUAAUAUCUAUCUAUAAGAUAACAGAAAUAGAUCCGUGCUGUUUCACCCCUAUACACAGAUGUGGUCAGUUCAGCCCUUUUCCUUUGACUGUGAGGGGUAGAUUGAUAAGGAUCAAUUUUGUCUCUGAUGGACGCCAUACAGCGAGAGGGUUUAGUCUAGCAUGGAUAGUCAGUCGACCAGCAUCAAUGAAGAUUACUACACAAGCAACACCAUCCACCACAACAACACAAAAGUCUACUACAAGAACAACAAAACCCCCUGAACUAACAACAAUUACCCCCAGAAAAGAAACCAAAUUCACUACAAGAACAAUAUUUAUCGACACUACAACUCAAACAACAAAAAUGCAAAGAGAAACAACAUUGAGAACAACAGCACAAAAAUCAACAGCUAUUUUCUAUAGCACCAAAAAAGCAACAACGAAAAUAAAUCUGAAGACAACACCGACUGUACUGGCAAAAAAGAUAUCAAUAAUGAAGGAAACACCCCCAGAGAGCGAAACAUUCGAUCCCAGUUUAAGGAGUACGAAUCAGCUGACAACAAAAUUAGAAAAUAGACAUAUUCCAACAAACAACAAAACAACGACUAUCCAGAAUACAGAUGGCUACAUUUUCGUUCUUCAAUUAACAUUGAAUGGACUGUUCCUCAUUACCAUAGUUUUACUUGGAUUGAAAUUAAAGACAACGAUCCAUCAACGACGAGAAUCCCCGCACAUAUACACAGGUACCAUUGAAACACCAGUUCAAGAAAGCGGACAUUACCUCAAAUUCAAAGCAAGUGUUUCGCUGAAAGAAGAAAAAGUCGUCACCAUUGAGGAGUCUUUGCUUAAUUAUUUUGAACCCAUUCCUGUCUAUGUUGAUGUCAUUUAAUCCAUGGAUGAUCAUUUAUUUUUCCCCGGGGAUAUUUUUCUUUGAAUGUUUAGUUUAUCCAGUUCUAUUUGACUCUCAUUGCAUAUAGCGUCAUAAACGCCAUCGGGCUCGAACCUUAAAAUGACGCCAUGAGUAUGGUUAAUUUUGAAAAU